AGUUUUGAAUACUCUAUGUCCCCCUCCACCUAUCUUGAUGUCGACCCUAAGCUGGUUGACGUACUGAAGUUCGAAGGGAUCAACUUCAUUUUCACCUGGAUCGGAGCUCUCGUUAGACUGAUUCUAGAUGCAAUCAUGCUCGGUCUCCUCCCACUAGGAUACACCAUCUCCCGUGUAUGGGCACGUAUGCGACAACAAGCAGAGCCGCCUAAGGUUGUCUUGAUAACAGGAGCGGGUGGUGAAGGUCUCGGAGCUAUGCUCGCUUUACAAUACGCUGGACCAUCUACUCGUAAGAUCAUCCUAACUGAUGUCCAUAGAGAGUCGCUUGAGGCUGUGGCGGAGGCUUGCCGCGCCAAAGGUACAUCAGAAGUCGUGUUGGUCGAGGCAGAUGUUUGUGAUGAAUCUGCCAUGAGAGAACUGGCACGUGCUCAUUCUGAUGUCGAUCUGGUUAUCGCUAAUGCUGGAGUGUCUGCCCAUACAGUUCCAGGAGUUAGUGCUGAGAGACCAACACUGUCCGUGACUGAAUCAUCGUCGAAGGUUUUAAGCAUCAAUGUGUUAGGUGUUAUGAAUACGAUACUUCCCUUCGUCGAUCCGAUGUGCAAACGUCGUAGCGGGCAUCUAGUUAUAAUAUCGUCCAUGGGUUCGUAUCUACCAACUGCUGCAUCACCAGAAUACCACGCUAGCAAGGCUUGUGUCCGAGUUUAUGGGGAGUCUCUGAGGGUCCUCCUCCGAGGUACCGGAGUCGAUGUCACUGUUGUCUGUCCUGGAUUCGUGAAGACCCCAAUGACCGAUAUCGCUGCAAUGCGGCAUGUCCAUCCCCUCCCAUUGAUGGUGUCGGGCGAGGACGCAGCCCUCAAGUGUAAGCAAGGAAUCGAUGCUAACAUGGCCGUCGUCAACUUUCCGGCCCCUCUACUGUGGAUCACCGAGGCGGCAAUGAGCUGGCCUUCUACCAUUCGAGAACUGAUAAUCCCGUGUCCUCCUGGAACUCAACUCUCCAGACUGGCCAGACUUGAGGCGUAG